AUGGAUAUUGAGAACUUCUUGAACCCAGUGGAUAAACUUGUUGAGGACGAUUUAGCUACCAUUGAUGACGUUGUACUCAAUGAGUUCCUUCCGGAGGUUAAUGAGGAUGAAAUUGAGGAUCAAAAGGCGCGGAUUCUGUAUAGUGAAGCUAUUCAGGCUUUGAAAACCCUAUGUUUAUAUGAAGAGCAGCAGGAUCAGGGUGAAACCUAUCUAAUUAAUGCUCUUCAUAAACAUGAAAGGGUACUGGAGGUCAGGAGAAUAGGGGAGCAAAAGCAGAGGGAUAUCAGAAGCUAUUUUGGAGUAUAA